AUGUGGUGCUCCCUGUGCAAGUGUCGGGGGGAGCAGUGCCAGUGCUCCAAGUCCGCCCAGGUGCAAUGCGCUGGAGCCGGCAUCACGCAGCUGCCCAGCCCCCUCCCCAGCAACGCCAUGAGCCUGCAGAUCAUCAACACCCGCCUGGCGGAGCUGGGCCCUGCGGCCUUCGGCAACGUCUCCCAGCUGAUCGCCCUGCGGAUCGAGAAGAACGACCUGUCCCGCCUCAGCCCCGGCGCCUUCCAGGGCCUGGCCGCCCUGCGCUACCUCAGCCUGGCCAGCAACCGGCUGCAGGACCUGCCCCCAGAGCUCUUCCAGCCCCUGGGCAAACUCGAGUCCCUGCUGCUCUCGGGCAACCAGAUCCGGGAGCUCCAGCCCGCCCACUUCGCCCCGCUCGGCCUCCUGAAGGAGCUGCAGCUGCAUGGGAACAGCCUGCAGGCCCUGCCCGAGGGCGUCUUCGACCGGCUCGCCAGCCUCACCAAGCUCAACCUGGCGAAGAACAGCAUCGCCGCCCUGCCCGCCAAGGCCUUCCGGCGCCUGCCGAACCAGCUGCAGGAGAUCCCGGCCGGCGCCUUGGACCGGCUGCGGGAGCUGCAGGAGCUGGGGCUGCACCAGAACCGGCUCCGGAGCCUCUCGCCCGGGCUCUUGGCGCACAAUGCCCGCCUGCAGAAGCUCUUCCUGUCCAACAACCUCCUGGCGGCUCUGCCCCCGGGGCUGCUCCUGCGGCUGCCCGAGCUCUCCAAGCUGACGCUGCACCGGAACGCGCUGCGGGACCUCGCCCCGGGGACCUUCGGGCCCAUGCCCCAGCUGCGGGAGCUCUGGCUCUACGACAACCAGCUCGCCACCCUGCCCGACCUGCUCUUCAGCAACCUCACCCAGCUGCAGGUGCUGGUCCUGAGCAGCAACCAGCUGGGCAGCGUCGCCCCCGCAGCCUUCCAGGGCCUGGGCGAGCUGCUGGAGCUGUCCCUGCACUCCAACGCCCUGCACACCCUGGACGGGGAGCUGCUCCGGGGCCUGCCCAAGCUGCAGAACCUCUCCCUGCACAGCAACCGGGGGGCCCCUGUCGUGGGCUUUGAGGAGGGGCCCUCCUCCCCGGAGACCCCUUCCGGGGCCCCGACGGACGGGCCGGACGCCACCUCCCCUGGUCACCCCGAAACGUCCCCCUCCGGCCGUCUCGCUCCCGAGAAAGUGCCGCCCACGGCCUCCGGGCCCGGGGACGCAGGGACGGCGAGCGGGUCCCCGAGCAGGCCCCCGGCUGGGCCCCCCGGGGCCCAGGAGAAGGGGCUGUGGGGCCUGACUCGCACCCAGAGCGCGGUGGUGGUGGCUGUCAUCACGCUGGGCUGCUUGGCGGUGCUGUGCACGCUGGUGGCGCUGGGCGCGUUCGGCUGUAAGAGGAGGGGCCGGGGGGGGCGGAGGCGAAGGAAGGGCCAGAACAAGGCCUAG